AUGUCUCCUAAACUAUCGAUCGCAGACACCCUCACUCUCUGCAAGUCGACGGUGCGGAUACCACGACUCGGUUUUGGUGUCUAUAAAUCCCCUGCAAACCGGUGCGAAGCGUCCUGUAUAAGCGCCAUUCAAGCCGGAUACCGUCAUAUAGAUACUGCGCAGCUGUAUGGCAACGAAGCAGAGGUCGGUCAGGCCGUACGGAGCUGCGGUGUUGAUCGAAAGGAUCUAUUUCUGACCACCAAAAUCCUAUCCCCAGGAGCGACUGCGGACGAGACCUACCAGAAGGUAUUGGAGAGUGUUAAGAAGAUUGACGGUGAAGGGGGCUAUGUCGACUUGUUCUUGAUACACAGCACUGGCGCUGGUGCCGAAGGGCGGAAGACUAUGUGGCUUGCGUUGGAGAGGUUGCUGGCUGAGGGAAAGACGAGAGCCAUCGGCGUGAGCAACUACGGCGUCAAGCACAUUGAGGAAAUGAAACCGUACGCAAAGAUAUGGCCGCCGCACGUCAACCAAAUAGAGCUCCAUCCCUGGUGUCAGCAAAAGACGGCUGUGGCAUACUGCAAGGAGAACGGCAUAGUGGUUGAAGCCUUCUGCCCGCUGGUUAGGAAUAAGAAAGCUACCAAUACCGUACUGGCCAACUUGGCGGAAAAAUAUAACAAAACCACAUGCCAGAUAUUGGUACGGUACUCCCUUCAGAAGGACUGGGUGCCAUUGCCCAAAAGUGAUAACCCGGACCGUAUCAAGGCUAAUGCCGACGUUUUCGACUUUGAGAUUACUGACGAUGAUAUGGCUGUCCUUGAUGGGUUGGAUGAAGAAGCGGGCGGUGCCCUUGUGCGGUUCGUACAAAACGAGUAA